AUGUACAUGUACAUGAUUUUACAAUCGCAGCCACAGCUCCAGUUACAGCGUUACCAAAGCAAAAAAAUCGGAAUGCUUGCCGUCUGUGUUACUUUGAGGUCUUUGACAGAAAUGUGGGAGGCAAAAAGGCAGGCACACAACACACAUAGAGAGGGAGAAAUUGAGGAAAAAGAGUGUCUUGUAUUAGAAGAAUCUUUAGCUUGGGUAUUGGACCUUGGUGAGGUUGCACCAACUGAUUCAUUGUUGAUCAAAUAUCAGAAAGUAUACCAAGCUACAGACAAACGGUUUUGUGGUAUUUUACUCUCGUAUCCAAUGAACCAAACCUCCAGAAAACAAGUGUAUCAAGAUACAACCUGUUAUGAGCAAAUGGAACGGUGA